AUGCUGCUGAGGGCCCCAGCAGCAGCAGCAGCAGCAGCAGCAGCAGUAGGAACCUGCGCGCGCGAUCGGCUGCGCGUCGCCGGAGCGGGUCUGCUGCUGCAGCCGCAGCUGCUGCUGCUGCAGCAGCAGCAGCAGCAGCAGCAGCAGCAGCAGCAAAGAAGGGGCCUGAAGUAUAUUCCUUUUCAUGGCCGCAACAAAAAGCCCCGAAAAGUCUUGCCGCCGCCUCCUGUCUUUGCUGUUGAUGCUGCUGCUGCUGCUCCUGACGCAGCCCUUUUAUUGGACGACCUGCAGCAGCAGCAGCAGCAGCAGCAGCAGCAGCAGCUGUCCCCCUUCCAGGCAGUUCAGCUGCUGCAGGCGUUUUUGCCUCUGAAGCCGCAAAGGGCGGCGGACGACGCAGCAGCAGCAGCAGCAGACCAGCAGCAGCAGCAGCAGCAAAAUGGCGCAGCAGCAGCGCCUGCUGCUGCUGCUGCGGAUUCCCCCGAAGCAGCAGCAGCAGCAGCGCCAGCAGCAGCAGCAGCAGCAGAGAAAGAGAAAAGGGACCCUUUUAUUUAUAUUGUGAUGAAAGUAAAUGCGGACUUGAGCAGAGAAAGUGUGCGGGGUGUAUGUACACUCAAACACGGGGUGGGCAGCGACGCGAAGUUGGCAGUUUUCUGUUCCGACGAGGAAGUGAGUUUUUUUUGA